CGAGAAGGGAAGGCAAGCGAAGCAACCACACCAGGCACCAAGGCACCAACCAACCGCGCGUCGAAGCUUCUGGGCCACGCCGCCACAAAAGCCGAAGCGGAAAGGAAAAGCCUCCCUCGAUGCCUCCUCUCCUCGCCUCCACCUCCUCCACGUCCCCUCUCCUCCUCGCCUCUCGCCUCCGCGGAGGCGGCGGCUGCGGCUGCGGCGGCGCCCCUCUCCUCCACCGGACGCGCCGCGGCUUCCUCGCGCCGAGCACCACCACCACCCAGACGACGAGGACGAGUUUCGCGGCGAUGAGCUGGCUCGGGAAGCUGGGGCUGGGCGGGCUGGGGGGAAGCCCGCGGGCGUCGGCGGCGUCGGCGGCGCUGGCGCAGGGCCCCGAUGAGGACCGCCCGGCGGCCGGGAACGAGUUCGCGCAGUUCGGCGCCGGGUGCUUCUGGGGCGUGGAGCUCGCGUUCCAGCGCGUCCCCGGCGUGACUCGCACCGAGGUGGGAUACAGCCAGGGGAACCUCCACGACCCGACCUACGAGGACGUCUGCACCGGCGCCACCUACCACAACGAGGUCGUCCGCGUCCACUACGACGUCUCCGCCUGCAAGUUCGACGACCUCCUCGACGUCUUCUGGGCGCGCCACGAUCCCACCACGCCCAACCGCCAGGGUAAUGAUGUUGGGACCCAAUACAGGUCAGGUAUCUACUACUACACCCCUGAGCAGGAGAAGGCGGCAAGAGAAUCUCUGGAGAAGCAGCAGAAGCUUCUGAAUCGGACGAUUGUCACUGAAAUUCUUCCUGCAAAGAGGUUCUACAGGGCAGAGGAGUACCACCAGCAAUACCUUGCGAAAGGCGGUCGCUUCGGGUUCAGGCAGUCUGCGGAGAAGGGUUGCAACGACCCCAUCCGUUGCUACGGGUGAAGGGCAAGUUUGAACCAGAACGCCACACAAGAACAGUGCUUGAAUAAGGAUAAAUAAUAGCCAGACAAAAAUUAUGCAGCAUAAUACUAUUUUGUUACCUUUGUUUGUAUCAAUCCAUCGAUUGUAAGAGAUGAGCUGAACCUGGACCAUGAUACUUGCCGCUGAUUAUGUACAAACCACCUUAGAAAACUUGAUAUAGUAUUAUCCUUUUCGAUGCGGGAAGAAAACCACUUUUUCUGAUUGAAUUCA